CUUCGGCGCGCGUAACUGAGGCGGCACGCACGCAGCCGAAGCGCGCGCGCUCCCUCGCACCUGCCUGCUGCCUGCCCGCACACUCUACCGGCAGCAGCACACUGACCUACUCACCUGAGGACGCGCGCGCGCCGGAGGAGCCGGAUAAACUUCCCGCGCGCUGAAGCGCGCGGAGUGGCACGUAGUCACGGAGACCCCCCCUCCACCCUCAACCCCACAUCUCAACCCCCACCGCCAAACCACCAGCACCUCCUGUCAUCCUCCUCCAUCAGCAUCUCCAUCAUCAGCAUCAGCACCACUCCAGCGGGAAUGAGCAGCACCGGACUGAUGAGGAUGAUGAUGUCAGUCUGAUCCGGACUGAUCUCCGUUCCUUCCUCGUGAGGGCCUCGUGCACCGCGAGGCGCCAUCAGCAUCAGCAUGAGCGCGAGCGCGGGACUCCCCACGCCGCAGCCGGACAUCAGCGGCGGCAGCAGCACCGCCGGCGCUCCCUGGAACCACAGCGCCGCCAGCGCGUACAAGAGCGCCGCGCUGCCCGAGCGCGCGACCUCGGUGGCGAUGGUUCAGGUGGCUCAGAGAGCUUUCCCCACGGUGGACGUUCCCGACCACGCCCACUACACCAUCGGUUCCGUCAUCCUGGUCAUCGGCAUCACAGGGAUAGCGGGCAACUUCCUGGUGAUGUACGCCUUCUGCAAGAGUCGAAGUCUGAGGACGCCAUCCAACAUGUUCAUCAUAAACCUGGCCAUCACCGACUUCAUGAUGUGCAUCACUCAGACGCCCAUCUUCUUCAUCACCAGCAUGAACAAGAGAUGGGUCUUCGGGGAGAAAGGUUGUGAGUUGUAUGCGUUCUGUGGGGCUCUGUUUGGGAUGUGUUCUAUGAUCACGUUGAUGGUGAUCGCUGUGGAUCGAUACUUCGUGAUCACUCGUCCGCUGGCCUCCAUCGGGAAGAUGUCGCACAAGCGGGCGCUGUUCAUCCUGGUCAUCGCGUGGCUCUACACCAUGUGCUGGAGCUUACCUCCGUUCUUCGGGUGGAGUGCGUACGUUCCUGAGGGUUUGAUGACCUCCUGCACGUGGGACUACAUGACCUUCACCCCGUCUGUACGCGCCUACACAAUGCUGCUCUUCGUCUUCGUCUUCUUCAUCCCUCUGUUUGUCAUUAUUUACUGCUACUUCUGCAUCUUCAGAGCCAUUCGGAACACCACCAGUGCUGUGGGGAAAAUCAGCGCAGAAGGAGGAACUACCAAAGACUCAAUAAAGAAGUUCCACCGAAUGAAGAGUGAAUGGAAGAUGGCGAAGGUGGCGCUGAUAGUCAUCCUGCUGUACGUUAUCUCCUGGUCUCCGUACUCCUGCGUAGCUCUGACUGCUUUCGCAGGUUACGCCGACAUGCUCACGCCCUACAUGAACUCGGUUCCUGCUGUGAUCGCCAAGGCUUCAGCUAUACACAACCCCAUCAUCUACGCCAUCACACACCCCAAAUACAGGUCUGCUUUGGUGAAGUACAUCCCGUGCCUGGGCGUGCUGCUGUGUGUCCCGCGCAGAGACAGAUUCACCAGCAGCAGCUUCAUGUCCACCCGCCGCUCCACCGUCACCAGCCAGUCCUCAGAGACCAGCAACAACCUGCGGCACACCAGCAAGUCCCGCCUCUCCUCCAUCUCCGACAGCGAGUCUGGCUUGACGGAUACAGAAGCAGACCUGUCGAGCGGAACGUCUCGUCCGGCCAGUCGUCAGGUGUCGUGUGAUAUCCGUAAGGAGCUGGCGGACUUCAGGCAGAGCAGCUCUCUGAAGGUGAAGGUGAAGGGCCGGGACUCCGGCGGCUACAAUAGAACCUGCAGCCAGAGCCCCACCGAGCCAGGUCUAAACCUCACCACUUGUGCAUACAUCAGCACGGUUGCAGAUAAAGAUGACAUCUCGCUGACUGAAGUUAGCCAGUCCAAUCAUCUGCCCCCCAUACCUCUUGUGCUCUCCGAACAAGCCGACCAUAAAAACCUCCUGGCUCUGAUUCCAUCCAUCAUUGUAACGUCCGAGUCCAACCUCGCCCUGCAGUCUGACGGGGCCCGGGGACACCCCUCAAAAUGUCUCCCUGGUGCUUCCCAAGUGUCCUCGGUCAACACGGAGCCCCUCGGAGAGGACCACGGCAAAACCUCCGAGCCCAGCUGCUGCUCUAAUAACACGGCUAUUCCUCUGGACGGGAUCUGAGCCGGCGAUGACUUUCCUCACAUCUUCUCAACACGACACUGAAGAAAAACUACAGAACCAGCAUGGACUUAUUAUUAUUAUUUGACAGUGCAAUCGUCUUUUUUCUACACGUGGUUGUUAUGUUGAAGUAGAGACGCUGGCCCAGGACACCUUUUUUCUUGAUUUUUUUUUAUUUGUUUUAAUGUGCGCUCAUCAUUCUUACAGUGGACAGUGGGACAGUAGGACAGUGUCUUCCACCUAAGGUUUCUCUGGGAAGCAAAGCGAAGGAAAACGAAGCAAAGUGAAGAAGAUCAAAGCGAAGCAGUUGUCUAUAUUUCUACCCGAAGACUCCAAAGGCAAGCAUACGAAAAAAAAUAUUUUAAUAUCUUCAAUGCAUUAAAAAUUAACAAUACGUCAAAAAGUCUUGUAGCUUCUGGACCCUCGCAGAUCCUUCCAUAUGUAAAAGAAGGCAGGGGCAGAGCCAAAACCCCCAGGCAACCAGAAGGAACCAACUAGGUGGCGCUAUGGAGGACGGUGGGGAAAAUGCAAAUCGUCUACAUCAGCAAAGCAGCAAAAAGCAGCAAAUCAGGUGUGAGUACGGGUUUUUAUAGACGGGUGGAGGUUGGUGAUUGGUCGAGAUUAAAGAUGACAUAGAAUUAGAGUCUCCUAGUAGAACUUUUUUUCUGGAGCUUUCAUCUCUACACUGUGGAAUACAUGGACCAUUCAUCAAAUGAAGACAAAGAACAUGAUGAACAGUUGGUAAAGUGAAUUGUACAAAUUAGUGAUGCAACAAAAUUGUUUAUUAUUUUAAUUUUUUUGGUCCAAAACCAAAACCAAGCACUCUUCCAUUUAUUUACCACUUUAUAUUUUGCCAUUGCAUAUGAUAACUAGCCUAGAUGUAUGUUUUUCUUGCUUUUUUUCAAAGAAAAGUCAACAACUACCAUUUAAAAAUAUUUAUUGAACAUUAUUUCACCCCUUUUUUAAAAUCCCAGCAGACAGACGAAGCAACAAAACACAAUACAGUAUUUGUAGUAUUUGUACUACAUAUAUACAUAUAUACUGUAUAAAUUUUGCAGUGGUGACACUGCAGAGGACUUUUAAUUUGACACGAGGGAUGCAGACACAGUAGCUGGGCUCUGAUAGGCUGAAGUGGUUGAGCCAAAGCUGCUAACAGAUACAGGAUCCAUCCAGUACAAGCUGUGAGUUAGUCUCCACAGUGAUGCUAUGUAACUGUUUUUCUGAGCUGGAUUACUCUCUGGGUUAAUGACAGACUGAAGUCCCUGUAAGACCAUUGGCUAUCCUCAUUUUUUUUCUCUCCCAAUUUAUCUUGCUAAUUAUUCCACCCAUUCAGCUACUACUUACUAGUGAUGUCACAACACAAGGAGGGUGAAGAAGACUAGCACACGCCUCCUCCAAUACAUGUGAAAUCAGACUCCGCCUCUUUUUGCAGAGUAGCAUCACAGCGCUAAAGCUCGAAGGAAAGCUCAGUGACUCAGUUCCGAUACAUUAGCUCACAGACACAGCCUUGUGCUGAUCGGCAUCACCCUAGGAGUGAUGAGGGGAUAAAAGAGCGCCAUCUACUGCACCCACCCAGAGAGAGCAUGGCUGCUUGUGCUCUCUUAGGGCUCUGGCAGCUGAUGGCGAGCUGCAUGACCGGGAUUCUAACCUCCAGUAAGGUUCUUAUGUUUCUUAUCAUUUUCGGUGGCCCAAUAUUUGGUUUUAUCUCUAAAAAAGACAAAAAAAAUCCAUCUUCCAUUUCCGAACUUCCAACCUACGAUAAGCUGCAUCACUCAGGCAGGAAUCCUAGAAAGGAUUCACGACUUCACGAGUAUAGCACACAGGACUCUGAGCCCGCGCCAAAUCUGAUGGAACGCCACCCUGCUGAAGUUUGAGUGCAGUUCUGUCUGUUUUUAAUAUUAUUAAGCUUUAUUUGAUCAAUAACUGUUUGAUCCCUGCUGGUAUAUGCUGUUAUAAGGAGGAGGUUUGGUGUUUUGAGUGGGCGAGAAUAGGCAUGGGAAUGUUGCAAUCAGUCACAAUGUCUCAGAUUCAGACAUUUGAUGGACUUUUUAUAUUUUAAAAAUAAUAUUUUUGCUUUUUUUGUUUGUUGAUUUUGCAGUUUUUCACACAGUGAUCCAUUAAUUUUGUCCAGUAUAAUUUUAGGAACCCAGAUCAAAAAGAAUUAAAAUAAAAAAUGUAUGUUACUGUGGAUAGCUAUGACAAAUUUGGGGUUUUGGGUCUGGGGAUUAAAAAGUAAAAAAAAAAAAAAAUUAAACCCUUUUCCACAGUUUUUCACAAUUCAACAAUUUAGUAUUUUUUAAUGUUUUUUAAUUGAGAUUUGUUCAGUUGAUAAAGACAAUUACAUCCCUCAAUAUAUUGUAUUUUAUGGACUAUAAGGUGCACUGUAUUAUAAGGCGCAUUACCAAUAACGUCUAUUUUUUGGUAAUUUUUUUAAAUACAUAAGGCUUAUAAGGAUUAUAAGGCACAUUAUAAGCAACACUAGUAAGGAAUAAGGGUCUCAGAGUAAUAUACACAGAAUUCUCUCUAAAAACUGAAAACUAUUUAUUUAGGUAAGUAAAGCACUUCCGUUUAUUUACAGUAAGCUUAGAUAUCCAAUAAUUUCAACAGCACGGUUAGCAGCAGCGCUAGCCGCGGUUAGCAGUGCUUAGCGCUAGUAAACACCGCCCAAUAGAGCUACACUGAGGAACCCUGCUAGCCACAUACUUUAGCUUGUUUUAACACGGUAAACAUGCAGAUUACAAUCUGAUAUGCUCACCUCUGAUCGAAGAAAAAGAGCUAGCGCUGUGGUUAGCGACUAAUGCUAAUGCUAAUGCUGCUGCACCCAGCCUUAGUGCUGGAGAAAAUGAAAGAUUUUUAGAUUUUCAGUGCGCCUUAUAGUCAGAAAAAUUUGGUAUCUCUCAUUAUAAUAGCAUAGUUUCUAUAGUACCAGUAGUUUUAGUUGAUCCAUGUUAUUUUACAAGAAAAAAAAAUUAUAUUACAAAAGUGUGUAGAAUUUCAAAAAUGAUAUUUUCUUCUGUGAAUUUAACACUCAAUUACUGCUGAACUGAACUUUAGUCUAGUUGGUUAUUCUCUCACACAUAAAUGGUACAAUAAUUUCACCUGAAAUUGAAAUUUAUAAAUUUCUGCCAGCUUUAUUUUCCAGUAAAUUAGCAUAAUUUCUUUACUACUAAGGAUGCCGACCCGUAGAUGACAAAUAUGAAGAAAAAAAUAUCAUACAAAUCACCCACCUUCUUUUGUUUCCACUUUUUUCCCCAAAUGUUGUGUUUUUUCGUAAUUCUGUUCUGUAUGUCUGAAUGAUUUAAAAAAAGAAACAUCUUGAUGUAGCGUGACCGGAUGUACAUGUAUAAAUAAUGAUUUUAAAAAUGUGUGAUGAUUAUGUACCUCAACUAUAUUAUGUUUCUCUUGCCUCCGGAGAAUAUCCAUUUUCAGCACUGUCAUUAGAAGUAAAGUGUAUUUUUGUGAUGGUAAAUAAUAACACAGAAUGAUUUAUUGA